CCUCGACAUCAGCUGAGCCUGGAAGACCCAUCCCUCGGAGACCAUGGAGAGGGACAGCCGGAAUGCUUCCCCAGCAAGGGCGUCUCCAGCAGGGACAUCGUCUCCCGCUCGGGCAUCUCCAUCCAGGACAUCUCCAGCCCGGACAUCUCCGGCUCGGGCAUCUCCGGCUCGGGCAUCACCUUCCAGGUCAUCGUCCAGCAGGUCAUCGUCUGCCAGGUCGGCCUCCAUGGCAUCCUCCCCGACCAGAGUGUACCUUGUCAGAGCAACACCAGUGGGGGCUGUACCCGUCCGGGCAUCUCCUGCCAGGUCAGCGCCAGCCACCAGGGCCACCGGGGAGAGCCCAGGUCUCAGCCUGCCCAAGUUCUCCUGGCGGGAAGGCAUGAAGCGGCUGCCGCUCAUCGGGUGCGUGCUCCUGCUCAUCGCCCUCGUGGUGUCGCUCAUCAUCCUCUUCUACUUCUGGCAGGGCCGCACAGGGAUCAAGUACAAGGAGCAGGUAGAGAGCUGUCCCAGGCAUGCCGUUCGCUGCGACGGGGUGGUGGACUGCAAGCUGAAGAGUGACGAGCUGGGCUGCGUGAGGUUUGACUGGGAUACAUCUCUGCUUAAAGUCUACUCUGGGUCCUCCCAUCAGUGGCUUCCCAUCUGCAGCGACAGCUGGAAUGAUUCCUACUCAGAGAAGACCUGCCAGCAGCUGGGCUUCCAGAGUGCUUACCGGACAACCGAGGUGGCCCACAGGGAUUUUGCCAGCAGUUUCUCAAUCUCUGAAUACAACUCCACCGUCCAGGAAAGCCUCCACAGGUCUGAAUGCCCUUCCCAGCAGUAUGUCUCUCUCCAGUGUUCCCACUGUGGACUGAGGGCCAUGACCGGGCGGAUUGUGGGAGGGGCGUUGGCCCCAGAGAGCAAGUGGCCUUGGCAAGUCAGUUUGCACUACGGCACCACCCACAUUUGUGGAGGCACACUCAUCGAUGCCCAGUGGGUGCUCACCGCUGCCCACUGCUUCUUUGUGACCCGGGAGAAGAUCCUAGAUGGCUGGAAGGUGUACGCAGGCACCAACAACCUGCACCAGCUGCCCGAGGCAGCCUCCAUCUCCCAGAUCAUCAUCAACAGCAACUACACUGACGAGCAGGAUGACUAUGACAUUGCCCUCAUGCGGCUCUCCAAGCCCCUGACACUGUCCGCUCACGUCCACCCUGCUUGCCUCCCCAUGCAUGGACAGACCUUCAGCCUCAAUGAGACCUGCUGGAUCACAGGCUUUGGCAAGACCAAGGAGACAGAUGAGAAGACAUCCCCCUUCCUCCGAGAGGUGCAGGUCAGGCUCAUUGACUUCAAGAAGUGCAAUGACUAUUCAGUCUAUGACAGUUACCUUACCCCGAGGAUGAUGUGUGCUGGGGACCUCCGUGGGGGCAGAGACUCCUGCCAGGGAGACAGCGGGGGGCCUCUUGUCUGCGAGCAGAACAACCGCUGGUAUCUGACAGGUGUCACCAGCUGGGGCACAGGCUGUGGCCAGAGGAACAAGCCUGGCGUGUACACCAAAGUGACAGAAAUCCUCCCCUGGAUUUACAGCAAGAUGGAGAGUGAGGUGCGCUUCCGGAAAUCCUAAAGCAGCUGGCCUGCUCCUGCUCACAGCGCUGGCUGCUGUGACGACUCUGGCCCAAGUGACUGGCCAUCUGCAGCGUGAUGGGGCUCACAGCCCCCAGGCACCUUUGUGCUCCCACCUCCGCUGUCUGCUGCCUGUGUGUGUGUGUGUGUGUGUGUGUGUGUGUGUGUGUGCGCGCGCAACCAGGAGAGCUGACAACUCUUCUCGAAAUCCCAGGUGGGAAAUCAUCUGGAGAUAAGAGUUCGGGUACCACGGA